AUGAAUUCCCCAUCAGAUACCGUGACACCAGACUGCACGCCGAAGAGGAAACCCAGAACCUGCCCUCACUGUAAGCGUCAUUUUCGCCGCCACGAACAUCUCCAACGGCACAUUCGAAUUCAUACAAACGAAAAACCAUACAAGUGUUCAUGUGGUGUUUCUUUUGGCCGGCGCGAUCUCCUAAAGCGUCAUGAGGACAUUGGCCAUUCUUCAAUAACCCCGUCAUUGCAAGAGCCAUCGCCUGUGACUACCGAUGACAGUCAAAGUCACCCAUCACAGGGAAAUAAUGUCGUUACGACACAUCACCCCAGCACAUCCUUUUGGGAACUUCCUGAGCUUCAAGGCGCGGAUGUGUCGGCUGGAACGAUUCAUCGGCAGGAACCACUUCCCGAUCUUCAAUUUGAAGGAGGCUCGCUUUUUAAUGCCCAGGAUCUCUUGGUAUUGCAGGACUUGGAAUCGUUCAGCCAUAAUAUGGGGCUCAACACUGAAUGGGCUCUGCCUUCCGAGCCUAGUAUUGUUCAAAUCGUUGCGGGAGAAUCGAACCUAAAUCCUGUCUUUACGGGGUCUACUGGAAAUAUGUCGCAAGAGCGGCCCUCUUCACGUUCGGGUCAAGAUCAGUCUCUAAGCCGACUCCCCAUUGAACGAGAAUCAGUUGGUAAAUCUCCUUGA